GUGACUUGACUACUCGACUUGAAGUAACUUUUUAUAACUUAACGCCGAGGAGGUCACCUUCAGCCGUUCGCACUUCGCUAUUGCAUGACGUUUUCAUUCGUACCUAUUGAGCGAAUUGUAUUCAUGCUCUAAAUCACUAAGUGAUUGUGACAAUACUUUCAGGUUAAACCGAAGUCGAGUAACCAGUAUGAGCGGCGAACCCCAAGCGAAACGUACAAAAAUGAGUGUCCUGGAACAGUUAAAACAAUACUGCACGGUGGUGGCCGAUACCGGCGAUUUUGAAGCCAUGAAGGAGUACAAGCCAACAGAUGCUACAACUAAUCCAAGCUUGAUCUUAUCUGCGGCUGCCAUGGAGCAGUACCAACACAUACUUGACAAAGCCAUCAAAUACGCCAAGGAGGUUGGCAGUACCAUGGAGGAACAGGUUUCUGAAACCCUCGACAUGCUGAGUGUGUUGUUUGGCUGUGAAAUUCUCAAAAUCAUUCCUGGCAGAGUCUCCGUAGAAGUUGAUGCAAGAUUGUCAUUUGAUAAGGAUGCAAGUAUUGCAAAGGCUAUCAAACUGAUCAACAUGUUUGCUGAAUAUGGCAUCAAGAAGGAGAGGAUUCUCAUCAAGUUGGCUUCUACUUGGGAAGGCAUUCAGGCUGCAAGGGAAUUGGAAAAGAAACAUGGAAUCCACUGUAACCUGACAUUACUGUUCUCCUUGUACCAAGCUAUUGCUUGUGCUGAAGCCAAUGUAACACUCAUUUCACCAUUUGUUGGACGAAUCUUGGACUGGUAUGUUGAGCAUACAAAGAAGACAUAUGAAGGCAAGGACGACCCAGGCGUGUUGUCUGUCACUCGCGUCUACAACUACUACAAAAAGUUUGGUUACAAGACCCAAGUGAUGGGCGCCUCUUUCCGUAACACUGGCGAGAUUCGUGAGCUGGCUGGUUGCGACCUCCUUACUAUAAGCCCGAAACUCCUGCAAGAGUUGGCUUCCAGUGAACAACCUUUGAAGAGAGUGCUGGAUCCUAAAUUAGCUGCUCAGUGUGACAUGGAAAAGAUUUCUCUAAACGAGGCGCAGUUCCGUUGGCAUCUGAAUGAAGACCAGAUGGCUACUGAUAAGCUAUCAGACGGCAUUAGGAAGUUCGCUGCAGACACUAGAAAACUGGAGACCCUCAUCAAAGCCCUUCUUGCUAAGAAGUAGAUGACGUCAUCACUGAUUUCAUCUAUUAACAAUGUCUUUUGGGGUUUAAAGGCACAAUAGGGAUGUUUCCAGCAACUCAAAUUUAUUUCUCUAAUACAAAUUGUACGAGAUCGCACAUGGUGACGUUAUAAUUAUGUAGCGUUCAUUUAAACUAUCAAAUC